GUGCUGGGAAAGCAGGUGCCCAAAAGAGGCCUUUCCCUCCCUGCUCCAUUAUGAUCUCUGGUUAAGUAUUCUUGUCCCUGUGUGGAAGAGGUAGGAAAAGCCUCUGCAAAUUCCUUCCCAGGUCUGUGGCCAGAAGCAAAGAAACCCUUUUGGAUAAGAGUGUGGGUUCAUCAGUGAUCCUCUUGAAGAAUGUCUGGCCAGGACACUGAGGACUUUGGAGCAGGAAACCUCUCGGAGAAGUCUCGGAUGCUUCCAAGCCUCCCACCAUAUGACAUGGAUGACCAGCUCCUUCCCAGGGAGAGACGGAGCACCUGGUGCUGCUUGGCCUGGACCCUGCUGAUUGCUACCAUGAACCUCUUGGUCUUUCUCAUGAAUCUGCUCCUGAUGUUUGUGAUUUUCACCAUCGUGCUGCUCCCUACCAUUGUGGUGGUUUACUUUGGCUUCCAAUGCCACUCUCAAGUGCUGCAUUCAGCUGCUCACUACUGCAAAAGCUUCUUGGAUGACAACAGCUCUUCUGCCCUCAUCAUCCUUGGCUUUGUCAUCAUGUCCCCUCUCAUUGUGGUGGCCAUGGCUAUCUACUGCAGCCUGGCAAGGCGCCUCCGUCUCUUCCUGUGCUUCCAGCCAUACAGCCGGGCUGUGUACAAGGGGGUGAAGUGGUGCUGGUACGAGGAGGGAGGCCUGUGCAGCUGUGCCAGGGGCUGGAACACUCAAGUCAAGGCCUGGGUAUGAGUUUGCAGCACCAGAGUUUCUGCCAUAGCCAGCACACUCUUCUCCCUGCCCUGGCCGUCCCCACCAUCACCUCCCACAACCACCACCCUGAGGUCUCUGCAAAUGAGGGCUGUGUAGAUGUGAGAGGAAGGGAGAUCUUCCCAUGAGGCAUCUCCUACAGCUUUGGAAGUGGGUACUUACAGACAAUGGGUACUUACAAGCUGCCCAGCAUGAGGGAAACAUGGAAAACACAAGUCCUUGGUGGUAAAAACAAUGUUGAGCCCUGAAAAGAGCAGGGCCUGCUCCCAGUGCACGUUGCCUUCAGAGCACACCACUGGUUCCAGUCCUGACAGCAUGUUCUGCCUCACAUGGGAUGUAGGGUACACGUGCAUAGUUUUCAACAGUGGUGGGAGCAGCUGCGAGCCUUGGAGAGGUCUCUUUGGGAAAGGCAGCCUUUGGGGAAGCAGCCAGCCAAGAGGAAGCAGCUGUGGUUUUCCCAAGUAGUGGGCUGCUGAUGUUUCUAACCUCUGGCAAAGGUGUCUGUAGGUCAUUGCCUCUGUGAUUGUUGGGACCCACCACUUCCCUCCACAUCAGAUACUCUUCCCAUGCUUAGCAAUCCCUCUUUUCCACAGUCUAGAGCCGUGUUUGUGCUCCUUCCCCUGUUCCUGAGUCAGGUCACUGGGUUUGCUGUGGAAACAAAUGCUGAUCUUUGGGUCUCUUCCCUGCCAGCUGCUGAAGCUUGUCUGGUGAUGGCUGAUGGCUGUUCACCAGCAAACAGCUCCAUGUCCUUUAGGCUGUGGUCAGGUUGUUUUGUCUGGGGCUAAAUCUGGCUGAAGGUUUAAGUCAGUUGUAGGAUUCCUGGCAGGAGGAGCUGAAGACUCAUGGUGGCUGCUG